AUGUCUCCGGAGAAGCGAAAAUAUGAUAUGUUCAGUGAAAUCGAACUCAAAUUGAGAAAUCACCAGGUCACAGUGACCAUUUUCCAAGGAAAUAUCAUCACCCACAGGGUACAUCUCACUCCAAAGCUUGAAGGGAAUAUCCUAAUUUCAAAACAUGCCUCGCGGGAUUGCACCCCGACCCUACUCAUGGCACUCACUGUCUUUGAGCACCAUUUCGCAGCUAAUGGGCUCAUCAUAGAUGGUGGAGAGCAUCGACUCAUGUUGACAAUGGAUCCAUUCAUACCCAAGGUUGCUCGGUCUGAUAGAACCGAAGAAGCGACUAAUUUCGAAAGGGCCCCUAGGAAGCCAUGGGAUGUUCAGCUGCAGCUUCUCAUCUACUGCCGGCCGGGGUUUGAACUCAGAUUUGGACUAAGAGCCAAAGCUCUUUUCCCAAUUCAGCUCUCGAUAUUUCAACUUCACGGCAUAACCGAGCUAGCACCUAAUUCUUCGUGCCGACGAGGAGAAGUUCUGCCCAAGUUCUGCCCGCCGCCAUCACCCACUUGCUCGGGCUUUGAAGUGAUAACAAAUCGGGAUUCCUAUCGGGAUAUACCCAUCUUUUGCCGAAAUAGCAUGCUUUGUAUGAGCAAGCUGCGAUUGACGGGUUACACAACAAACCUUAACCAUUUCGAAGCCUUUCCCAAUCGGAACGGGCAGGUAAGUCGUGCCGCUCUCUUGGGUGUGAGCUUCGAGACUCCCACCGGGAUGACGCAAUUUCCAUCUGGAGGGGUUAAUCAAGGAAGUUGCUACAUUAGACCGUCUCGACUCUUCAUACGAAAACGACAGUCCAUUCCCGGGGGGCGCUGGGAACAUCGGUUUCCUGGGAUGGACUUGAAGCGAAAAGGCGAUGAGGAGUUUGUGAGGGGUUUAGCGGAGUUUGGAGUCAGUCCGGCAAGGGAAAGCUGGAAAUUUGGAGUUCCAUUCCCCGUGGCUUUUGAGCUGCAAUCCAUAUUCGUAGUCUUGUCCGAUGCACUAUACACGAUUCAAGUCCCGGAUCUUUUUCCUGCCUGCCACCCUGCCAAGACCGGGGCGGCCUGCGUGUUGUUGAGGGGGAAAUCCCCACGAUAUCCCAGCCCCGAAAUCUGUUUGAUGGGCAUUUGGAGCCCCCGUUCCGAUGUGAUAUCUGAUUUGCGUCAUUACCUCGCCAGCUCUGACGAGUAUGACGAAUCGAACGACGAGAACCGGGGGCCAUGUUGCACUUCCGACGAACGAUUCGGAUCUCUUCCUGGAAGAUUAUCUCCUAAUCUCCUUUCCACGACUCAAGAUUCACAAUCGCAUCAAGCUAUUCCUGCGCAAGGCGUCCCACUGAUAUUCCUGUCUCACAUACGAGAGAACGGACAAUCGCAAGUUCAAGAAGAUCAAAUUAGGCAAGAGGAGACGGUACCCGAGCAGACAGCCAAGACCAAGAUGUAUCGAGUACAUCGACGUGUCGCCAUGCAAGAUGUACCGUCUACUUCUGAGGCUAUAAACGAGGCCCCCGAACGAUCGAUCAACGUCAUCUUUACCCACACCCUCCUCGAAACAUUGGCACUACAGUACCAUGCCAGGUGGGCGACACCUUCGGUUGCCGCUCUAUAG